GUUGCUCUCGCUCUUCUUUAAAAGAGAAAAAGAAAGAGGAAAUAUUGGGUCCAUCCAAUCCUGAGAUUGCGCCGAGAGGAAGGAGAGUUUCAGCUCCUUAUCAAGGAGUUGCGAAAUUAUCCCGAGCGAUUCAAUAUUUACCUCAGAAUCAGAAUGUCUGUGGAAAAGUUUGAUGCUUUGCUAGCGAUACUGGAGCCACACAUUAAAAAGAAGACUACAAAUUUCCGUGAGCCAAUCGAUCCUGAACAGAGACUGGCAGUAUGUCUAAGAAGACUACAAAGGCACCCAAGAGAGCGAUGGCAGCUAUAGUUACUGGGCUCAUCCCGAUCCUCCGCACUGCAGUGGACUCCACCGCCACCUAUAAAGGUCGCAGCAUGUGGUUUGGCUUGCUCUGUAUCCGUCUAGUGACCAUCUUUUUGGCCCAAUUUCCCUGGAAAGCCGUGAAUGAAGACUUCCUCUGUAACACCACCAUAGCCAUCUGCACCAAAGCCUGUUUUAAUACACACUUUGACAGUGCUAUAGUGAUGGCUUGGCAUUUUCUCUUCAUCCUUCUUGUGCUCUCAGUUCUUUUCAUGGAGCUUUUCUCCUUCCAUAUUCGAUCAUCAUUCCUGAAGAAGAAGGAGAGAGAAAUGGCAUCUCAGGGUGAGCAAGGGGUUGCCAUUGAUCCCACCAUAACUGUUGGUGGGCGAAUGAUGAUAGACUUCCACAAGAGCAAAACUAGUGUGCUGGUGUACCUGUUCAGUGUGAUGCUGCGGCUUGCUGUGGAGAUUUUAUUUGUGUACGUUUUGCUCUGCUGGGUUCUGCCUAAAUUGACUGACAAAUCAUACCAUUGUGAUGCAAAAGAUUUUCACGGAUGUGCAGUACAUCAGUGUGUUGUCCGUGGAGCAGCAGAGAAGCGAAUGUCUGUCUAUGCGCUACUGUUUAUAUCUGCCGUGGCCAUUAUUACAAGCUUUCUGUUCUGUCUCUACGCCAUAGGCCACUAUCUCUGUAAUGCCUAACAAAAGACUUUUUAGAACACAAGUGCCUGUAAUGCAUCGAUUUAUAAAUUAUGGCAUACACUUUUUUGUCUGAAAUGCUUCCC